CUUAAGUCAGUGAUCGUACUUUAUGGCUUCAUCAUGGUCACAAUGAUUGGAUUUCACAAAGGCCUUACCUCAACUAAUGUGCGCCGCUCAACACUCCAUUUUCACCGUCUUCAAUUUUACCACCAUUGUGGCAAAAUUGAUUCCUCAUUAUAUGUUGCUUGGGUGCAACAUUUCAAGCACAUAAGUAGUUGUUACAAGGGUGCACUUGUUACAUAUAUGGUUAAUAAGAGAGUUUUAAGUCGCAACUCCAGUAGCCAUGUUCUUGAUUCUAAAAAAUUUGGUAAUGGUGGUGGCAUGUUGAAAUUCACAUCUGAGGAAAAACACUCUGUCCUUGAAGCUCCCAGCCUCCAGCACUGGUUUAAAAACUGGCAGACACUUAGGAAACAAAAGUUGACAGCUAGUACUUUUGCUGCUGCCAUUGGAUUUUGGCGUCGGCAAAGAUCUCAGCUAUGGUUAGAAAAGAUUGGUGCCAUAGAACCAUUUUCUGGAAACCUUGCCACAUGUUGGAACAAUAUCAAAGAGGAGGAAGCACUUGCAAGAUACAAACUGAUAACCGGAAAUGCUGUGUUGUUUCCUGAAUUUCAGGUCUACACCGCAAAACCAGAAGAUAGCUGGCUAGCUGCUUCACCUGAUGGUAUAUUUGACAGGAUGGUAUAUGAAUUGCCUUCUCGUGGUGUGCUGGAGGUAAAGUGUCCGUAUUUCGGUGGAGACAUGAGUAAAGCUUUCCCUUGGUCUCGAAUUCCAGUUCACUAUAUUCCUCAAGCUCAGGGUUUAAUGGAGAUUCUAGGAAUGGAUUGGAUGGAUUUUUAUGUCUGGACAGUUAAUGGUAGUAGUCUAUUUAGGUUACACCGUGAUGAAGAGUAUUGGGAUGUAAUGAAAAUUGCACUUUCUGAAUUCUGGUGGAAGCAUGUUCAGCCAGCAAGAGAGUUGUAUAGUAGUGGUGUUAUAACUGAUCCCUUUUUUCAAUUAAAAUCACUAUCACCAGCCCCUAGACAUGAAUUAUGUCGUGAUAUAGUUUAUAAAAGUAAACUUAUUGUUGACAAUUCUAAGUUGUUGAUCCGGGAGAUACAUGGUAAAAUGACAAAUGAUUUAUCCAGCCGUUAGAGCAGAGUCAUUAGUUUAGUUAAAAACAUUGUUUUUGCUGUAGAUUCCAUAUAUCGCUGAUUUUAAGUAUAGAAUCAUUUACAAAAAGUGUUGCAAAUUUUAAAAAUUAAUAUUCAAUAUGAUUAUUUACUGCUAGAGAGUGCAGAAAGACAAACUUAGCUGCAUGUAGAACGUUAAAAAUUUGAGACAGUUGAUACUGUGAAAACUGUACGUUGGCUGAUUCGUGCCACGAAGAUUUAAUGAAGUGUUACAUUUGUUAUUGAUUGUUUAACACAUAUCUCCUCUUUUUUCAAUGCUUGAGACCAGUUCUGUUGUGCAACAUUGUCAGAGUUAGAUUAUCUCAGAUCCUAAAUGUGAACGUAUUUUUUCCUCUUUGAGGUGUACGAGAUAUUAAACCAUUCACAUACCAUCAGCAGCACAACUUAAUCUUUUUGGAGGAAGGGAAUUGUGUCUUUUGGUGAAUUUUAAUAGCAUGUGCUGAAGAAAAAAAUGCAAGCUGAGGCGGAAAUCUCGACUGAUUAGAACACUGAACUUCAUUCUAAGACUGCUGUUUCUGUUCAAAAUGGGGAUCUUGUGUUUCAGCAUCUUUUGCAAUGUCAUCAUGCCUCAGCAGCCAGGUCC